AUGGAUACACGCCACGAAAUUGUGGAAGCCCUUACCAAGGGGGGAAUACAUUUUCCACCGACAGCCACAGUUGCCCAGUUGCGGACCAUUUAUGGACAAGUGCAAGAGGCUUGUGAGAUUCCGAGUUUAAAAGAUGAACCAACACAAAAUACUGCUGCAAAAGCAUUGCCCAGCAUUGGAAGCUUGACUAUAGAGCCAUCUGCUGUAAUGAAAACUGCCGUAGAAGAACCUGCUGUCAUUAGGUCUGAUGAAACACCUGCUGACUUAGGCCAUAUUUCUGAGGCCCAACCGGAUAAAAUUAUGCCGUCUGUGCACUAUGCAGCCAAUAAGACCAACACAGUGCAACAAGAAACUAGCGAUUCAGUAAAUUAUUUCUUAGAUGAAAUUGACCGCUUGGCUAUGAAUGAUUACACUCCAACACAUAAGGAUAUUUUGCAUUGUCGGAAAGCUACGAAGGGUGUUUAUGAAUUUUCCGUAAAAAUUCAAGUAAAAUAUCCCUUUGUUUUUGUUGAUGUUGGUGGGCAACGUACACAAAGACAAAAAUGGACUCGAUGCUUUGACACUUCGGUAACAUCGAUUAUAUUUUUAGUUUCCACUUCUGAGUUUGAUCAAGUUCUAGCUGAAGAUAGAAUGACAAAUCGUUUAGAGGAAUCUAGAAAUAUUUUCGAUACUAUUGUAAAUAAUAAUACAUUUAAAGGUAUUUCAAUAAUUCUGUUUUUAAAUAAAAUGGAUUUGUUGGAACAAAAGGUUAAAAAUCCAGAGACUGAUAUCCGUUGGUUUUAUCCACAAUUCAAUGGUAAUCCUCAUUCGCUUUUGGACGUCCAAAAUUUUAUAUUGCAAAUGUUUAUGAGCGUUCGCAAAAGUCAACAAAGUCGCACAUAUCAUCAUUUUACAACUGCCAUAGACACGCGCAACAUAAAUGUUGUAUUUAAUUCUGUCAAAGAUACAAUUUUACAACGAAAUUUAAAUGCAUUAAUGUUGCAGUAAUAAUUUAAUGUAUCUCUUACCAAAAAAAGUUAUAAAUAAAAAUAACAGUUAUUUUUCUUACAAUAACUGAUAAACGAUAAAUCUCGGCAAUAUUACGUUAAAAUUCAUAUUAAUGGUUCAAACAUAAUUAUGUAACUAAUUGCUAAAUUUCAAUAAUGUAUUUAAAGUUGUCUUUUAAUAAUUUCUAACUAUUGAACAUGAAUAAUGCAGUGCCAAAUGCUUUAAACAAAUGUUUAUAUUUGUAUUAUAUAAACAAAUAACACGUGCAUAUGUAACAUUAAUAAUGCCGAUGAUCAAUAAUUAUGUAUUUGUAAUGUAUAUAUUUUUAAUAUCCAAUUGAAUUAUUUUAUAUUUUAUAUCAUGUUUACACGCAUUUAAGUGUAUAAGUAUUUAAAAACUAGGCUCACACGUAUUUCUAUAUAAGCUGUCAAUUACAAAUAUUAUAUUUAAUUAUUUAAUAUACACCAAAAAAAACUACA